AUGUUCGUAUUGGAUUCAUGGUCAACAUUUAUUCAGGAAUUUAAAAAAGAGUUUGCGCCAACAUUACUGAAGGAAGAUGCUAUGCCUCAAGCAAACGAGUGUGUAUAUGAGUUAGACAAAACGAUGCUAUAUUAUGAUAUGGUAUUAAAGAGGAACAAAAUUGUGAAUUAUUGGAAAAAAGAAGUACAUUUAGAUUAUUUCAACAUUAAAUUAGUUGAAUUAAAUAAUAUUGUCUUGCUCAAUAUGUGCACUGUGGAAAGUGAUGAAAACAAUUGUGAGAUGGAUUGGCUUGAUGGAUGCGAAACGUGGUUCAUUCAUGAUGAAUUGUCACAGCAAUGUCAAUUUAUUCGAUCCAAGCAACCCAUAUAUGCCAAACUUGAAACUUGA